AUGCGUCGCCACGCCAGAAAUCGGUUUUACGUGCGGCUAUAGAUGUUUCACAUCAAAAAACCCUAUUUGUCGUAUCACUGCUCUUCGAUAACACUUCCCAUAAAGCCUCGCCUAGUAUCGGAAUACUGGGUCUCGAAAUCUCGAGCGAUUGCCAAUUCCGUGGCCAUCUGGAGGGCAAAGCCAAAUUGGCUUUGAAGAAGCUGGGCAUCAUCAAUAGAGCACGGCAAUACUUCAAGCCGGCCCACAUUCUAGCGCUCUACAAAGCGCAGGUCCGGCCACAUAUGGAGUAUUGCUGUCAUCUCUGGUCUGGCGCACCCCAGUAUCAGCUCGAUCCAUUUGACCGCGUGCAACGCAGAGCAUCUCGAAUUGUCGGGGACCCAGUGCCCUGUGAACGGCUGGAUCACUUGGCGUUGCUUAGAGAAGUCGCUUCAUUGUGUGUCUUCUACCGCAUUUAUCACGGGGAGUGUUCCGAAGAGGUGUUUAACCUGAUUCCUGCCGCCGAAUUCCACCUUCGCACGACUCGCCACAAGUUACGAUAUCAUCCCCACCAUCUGGAUGUGAGGCGGUCCUCCACAGUGCGGUUUUCAAGGAGCUUUCUUCCACGUACUACAAAGUUGUGGAAUGAGCUUCCAGUGCGGUGUUUCCGGGACGAUACGAAAUGGGUACCUUCAAAAAAAGCGCGUACACCUUCCUUAAAGGCCAGCAACACUCUUGUGAUUCCUCUGGUGUUGCAAGAGAAUGUGGGCGGUAGUGAUCACUUAACACCAGCACCUGCAAAGAAUACUGUUAAUGAUGAACAACUCAUUAACAUAGUCCAAUCAGAUGUGGAAGCUGCGCUAAAUGGGGGACAGUGGAUACUAUCCUGUUAUGCUCCAUUAAAAGACAAGUCAUGCUUUCCAGGUAUACAAGAUAUAUCCCAAGAGGAAGCAAGGUUAAUGAUGUAUGAAGCAAAAAAUAAUAACAAAUGGUCUGAAGCGGCUAAUUACAUGAAUAAUAUUUUCAAAGAAGCAAGAUACAAAUAUGAACAAUUAUAUAAACCGAAUGCACAAAUAAUUCAAGUAUUAAAAAAAAUGUAUCAUGGUGAAACAGUGACAUCACCUUUUAAUAGUGGAACUCAUGAAUUUAGAAAUAAUACUUCAUAUAUGUUUCAAAGUAUAUCAAAUAACAAUAUUGUUCAGAACACAGGUUUUGGACAUAAUAAUUCAGUACUUGGUGGAGCUGAUCAACAGAACUCAUCUGGAAGUACAAAUGCAAAAUCCUUAUUUGGUCAAGCAUGUCAGAAAGAAUUUGGACCUUCACAACCGUCAAAUAUAUUUCACACAGCCAAUCAACAAAAUACAUCAGCUAAGUCUGUUUUUGCUCAAGCAAGUCAAAAUGUGUUUGGACCUACACAACAGAGUCCCAUGAAUAUAUUUGCAAUAAACAAUCAAGAAACUGCUCAAUCAAAUAGUUCCAAUGUAUUCAAUCAAAACAAUCCAUUCAAACAAAGUGAUCCAUUUAGAAACAGUGACCCAUUCAAUCAAGCUAAAACAGAUGUGUUUGGUGUAACAAAUACUAUGCAAAAUACUGAAAACAAUAAUAAUAUUUAUAGUAAAAUAGAGGAAUUAUCAGAAAGUGAUUUAGAAGCUUUUCAGAGUGAAGAAUUUCAAUUAGGUUUUGUACCAGAAUUGCCACCUCUACAUAGACUUUGUAUAUAGGUAACAUUAAAUUAAACUAGUUUACUUUCAUUCAAUUAAUAUUUUUGUUCAAUUAUUCUUGAAUCCUUCAGCAUAAAAUAAUACUUGUUACUA